UAUAUCAUCAAUCGUGUCGACUGUCGUGUCGUAUCGUGUACCUACCACAGAUUAGGUACCCAGCAAAUAAUGGAUAACCACAUCAAAAUAGGUUGUCCUAGAACAGCAUAUGAAUUAUUUUUGAAGUUAUACAGUAAAAAAAGAGGGUCUGCCUGUGAAAAGAAUAACCUUACCUUGUUAGCUGCUGUGAAAGCAUGGGUUGCUUUAAACGAAGAAGAAAAAAGAACUUUUAUAGAAAAAUUUACUAAAUGUAAAGAAAAACACAGAAACCAAAUAGCUCUACAAUUAGAAAAAAUGAAGCCCUACAUGAAAAAGAAACAAAUUAAGAGGUUUCCAGAAGUUUACAAAAGACCUGUCUCUGACGAAAAUGUUCAUUUGCCAGAAAAGAGCUCACAUAUAGAUGAACAUAUUGACAACAUUACUAGUACAAAUAAAACAAAGUAGUUGUACCAUGGCUGAAGUAACCUUCAUUCAAGAUCAGGGAU